AUGAUUCGCAUGGUUGUCAUGCUAACCCGUAAAUACAAAGUAAACCGAGAGAAAAUAGAACAAACCGGUUCAAACGAACCACAAACCCGGUAUUGGGUCUUGAAAACCGUCUUGUUCAUUCUCGUGGGCAAUUCCUUUCCACUUUUCUUUUCUCACAAAACACAGAAUCCAUUCUUCUUCCUCUUCUAUUUCCUCGCCGCCAUUGGAGCUGGGUUCCAAAGCUUAAGGGUACUGGGUAUAUAG